GGAUUGACUCUGUCCCGAGUCCGACAGAAUAACUCUUCUACGUCCGACGAAGAUGACUCAAUGUCAGCUCGCUCUUCACGACUUUCUCACCUGUGACGAGCCAUGUACUGGCCCAAUGGAGUACCUCGGGUCUAUGCGGUCAACGGCCCUGCGAUUCCCUUCGUGCCGUCCGACGAUACUGAAGAAUUAGAUUUGGAGCGCUCUGUGGAACAGAGGCUAUCGCUAAAUGACAAUGGACCCAAGGAACCGUCCAGGGAGGAGGUGGCCUGGGCUGACGAGGCCAUUGACGGCCUCUGCGUCUCUCGGAGUGGUCAUAUGUUUGCGACUAUGACGGCUACUUCUAUAGCUGUGUGGCAGACAAAACCGACCGCUGUUGUCGCCGCUGUCGCCCGAUCCGCCUCGUCACUUAGCACUUAUGGUCCGAAUGUAGCUUUGCUGAUGCACCCCGACUCGACGAUAAUUGUUGUUCAGACGCUAAACGGAUACCUUCUCACGUAUACAGUUGCUACCGAUCCACAUGGUCAUGUCUAUCAGCAGCAUUUCGACCACUCCGCCCAAACCCGCCGGCAGCAGCUUGCCCGCGAGGAAGAUGCGAAUGGCGUCCGGGAUGCCAGUAUUCGCUUUAGGAUGGCUAUUAAGAUAGAAUCUGGAAUUGUGAAAGCUCUGGCACUGGACAACGAGCUUGUGGUUGCUACCGUGAAACCUGCGGCAAUUCAAUGCAUUCGAUGGACGCCGGAUGCGCACGGCGCUCAGACAACCUCGGAAUUGCUAAGCCGCAUAUUGGGCGUGUCUAAGCGGACUUCUAUUACCGAGAUGGUGUACGAUCGUGCUAUCAACCUCUUAGUGUGGGUUACAAAUGAAGGACAGGCGUACGCAGUUCAACGCGUACCUGAGGGCUCGCGUGAUCCGGAGAACCCAAAGAAGCUCUUCAACGGCCACUGUUUCCACAGUCCGAAGAACGACGGCGAGAAAGCGCUCAGGGUUGCCGUCAAUGCUCGGUUCUCACUGCUUACUGUCAACUGCGCCAACGGUGACAUCUUCGUGUAUACCGCUAAAGACUACCUUGGAAAUGUCCCACUAUCUCAUAAGCUGCAACUCCCAGCAUCGCCUCACACAACAGGCAAUUUAAGCUUCAUGUCCUAUUCACCGGACGGCUACUGUCUCUUCGCAGGCUACGAAUGUGGUUGGACAACAUGGAGCGUGUUUGGCAAGCCGGGAGGGAAUAGUUUUUCGACGGACAGGUCUCUUGCCGAGACCAAUGCCGAGGAUUGGCUAACAGGGGUCUCAUACGGAUGCUGGAUAGGUGGAGGCUCAGAUAUUAUCUUGACCGCACAGAAUGAUCGUCGCCUAUGGAUCUUGGAGACGGCACGGAGCGCUUUGACGGGCUGCUUUUCAUCCGCGAAUCUGGCUAGAGGCUUACUACAGACUGGAACCGAGAUCAUUCUGUAUCGAGGGCACGACUUACCCGACCUUAUGACUAUAUCAGGCAAGGACUCACUCUGGCAUCAUGCGCAAUACCCCCCGACCUACCUCCAAUCGCAGUGGCCAAUUCGUUCCAGUGUGGUCUCCCAAGAUGGGAGAUAUGUAGCAAUCGCAGGCAGACGAGGCUUAGCACACUACAGUGUCAAUAGCGGACGCUGGAAAGUCUUUGAGGACUCUAAAAUAGAGAAUUCGUUCGCAGUCCGGGGUGGUAUGUGCUGGUACGGACAUAUCUUGAUAGCCGCCAUUGAAAGUGAUGGGUCAUAUGAGCUGCGUUUAUACUCCCGAGAGCUGCCCCUGAACAAUCAAUCAAUCUUGCACAUUGAAUAUCUCCCUUCCCCCGUGGUCUUCAUCGGCCCGUCGGGUGAGGACUCCAUUCUCGUUUACACCUAUGAUAACAUCCUAUAUCAUUUCAUCAUUAAUUCCAUGCACGCUCGAAUCACACUUGUUCCAGUCGGCCAAAUUGCGUUUAACGGCAUUGUGCGAGCGCCCACGCGAGUCCGGGCGAUCAGUUGGGUCUUGCCGGAAGAUCAAAUGCGUGAUGGCGACCCAUCUCAAGAUGUGAAAGUAGCAUCUGUUCUUCUUUUGGUCGAUGGCAAUUUGGUUUUGCUACAGCCGUCCCAAUCGCCCACCGGGGACUUGAAGUAUGACAUGCGGGUGAUAUCGCAUGAUGUUGAGUACUACAUUCUGAUGCGUGACCAAUUGUCAUUCAACUUCGCUCCGCCGUUGGAUGAAUCGCGUCCAGCCAGCCCGUCCGCCGAGAUGGUUUUGAAUAUGCAUCAUCAUAACCUAUCAUUGAGAGACUCCCUCUGGACCUUUUGUGGCAAAGACCUCCUUGCCUGGGGGGAUGUGCAAGAUGUCCUGGGACGAGAAGAUGUGCCGAAAGCGAUUGAGAUACCCCUAGAUUUUUAUCCUCUAUCUGUUUUGUUGAACAAGGGCAUUGCGUUGGGAGUUGAGUCAGAAAUGACCCAACGACGCGAUACCACAUUUGCCGUGUUGAAGUUUGCCAUUCGAACACACCUCUUCCUUCCAUACUUCUUGCAACACUGCUUAGUUCAUGGAGAUAUGCCAGCUGCGCUGUCACUAUGUCAACAUUUCUCCCAUCUUUCAUACUUCCCGCAUGCCCUUGAAAUCCUCCUUCACCACGUUUUGGACGAUGAAGUCGACAAUGCAAGUCGAGAUAGCAAAGUAGAGGACCCUUCGCAGAAGCAUGAUCCUCUACUUCCGUCGGUCAUCUCCUUCCUUCAAGCCUCGCUUCCGGCGCGGGUGUAUUUGGACAUUGUUGUUCAAUGCACGCGGAAGACCGAACUCCGCUCAUGGCGCACUCUCUUCGCCUAUCUCCCACCCCCAAGAGACCUGUUUGAGCAGGCUCUCAGGCUCGACUCUCUUAAGACAGCCGUCGGCUACCUUCUAGUGCUGCAGGCGUUUGAAGACGACGAUGGCUACGAGGCACCCAUUGAAGACUACGUCGUUCGACUGCUCGUGCUGGCCUCACAAAAGGGCGACUGGGAGCUCUGCGCCGAGCUGGCGCGGUUCCUCAUUGCACUCGACGGGUCUGGCGAGAUGCUCCGACGGGCUAUUGACCGGACGGGCCUCCGAAACGGGGGCCUCCCAGGCGCCGGCUUAAAUGGAUCCGGAACGAGUGUCAAGGGCCUCGGCCUCGCCAUCACACCAUCCUGGUCGUCAUUAUCCGGCGCAUCAUCCAUCUCGCCCCGCCAAAGCAUUUCUCGCCAGGGAAGCAACCCGUCCCGGACGCCCGACAGAAUGGACAGCGUCGACGAAGUUUCCUAACCCAUCUGUACAUAACAUGCCAUCCACAACCAUACAUAGCCAACCAUAGCCAUCCAUAGCAUAAGUGAAUUGAAUCGAUUAAAUGCAAUUGCCAUUGAUAACCUUACAAUAAAUACAUAUAUCUAUGACGAUCAUCACUUCAUU